AUCACCAGGCUGGAUUCUGAUGUCACUCCCCAGUCCAACGUGCGGGGGGUGGUGCACGGGGCACAGGGGAGCUUUGAAGCAGGAAACAAGAUCUUGAGCUGAGCAAGACCAUCACGGCGUCUUACCUGACCAAAGAAGGAAUUUCUGGACUCCCCUGUGGUUCCCUGAGCUGGUGCUGCAGAGGAGCGGAGCUCUGGGCCGGACGGGCUGGGGGUUGAGACAGACGUGGCAGUUCUCAUCGUCCGAGGGUUCUCCUGCAGAUGUCCGACAAGGUCGACUGGCUACAGAGCCGGAGUGGAGUUUGCAAGGUUGACGUUUACGCUCCUGAAGACGGGCAAGAACAGGGAUGGAAAAUGACGGAGGAGACCCUGUCCAUGUUCAAGGAUGCCCCCUCAGACCCCGUUCAGGUGCUCAGCCGGCUCCGCCGCGACCUGGAGAGGUGCACGCUGGGACUCCAGGCCACCGGCCUCCCCCCGUCCGCCGCCACCGACCCCGCCGCCGACGCACGCAGCACCUUCGCCGUGGACUACUGCGCUUCGGGCCCCGGCGGCGUGCCGGGCAAGCUGCACCUGGAGGUGACCUCGACCCAUUCGGGCAGCCCGUCGCGGCCGAGCAGCGGCCGGAGCGAGGCCCAACCCAGCGAGUGUUCCGUGGAUGAGGUCUCCUUCUACGCCAACCGACUCACCAACCUGGUCAUCGCCAUGGCCCGCAAGGAGAUCGGCGAGAAGGCGGAUGGCGGCGAGCAGCCGGGCGUCCACCAGGGCGCCCGCGCCUCAGAGGUCGGCCCGCCGGUCGGUCAGAGCCCCGGCACGGUGGCGGCCCAGCUGGUGGACGCCGCCGUGUCCCAGUGCUCCGGGGAGGUGGCCAGAGAAAGGGCCCCGGGGGCCGGCGACCGUGCCCGAGUGGGGUCCCGGAGCCCCCCGCAGCUGCGCUACAUGAGCAAGAUGAAGGUCCGUGAGACCACCCGGCCGCCCGGCCCCGGGGCCCGGCCCUCGUCCAAGAAGACGGUCUUCUACAAGGAGGUGCUGGAGGCCCGUGAGGCCGGCGGGCGGCGGGGCCCGCUGGGCGAGGGGCGGGCGAGGGCCGGGGCGGCCUCUGGGCGGCCCGAGAGGACCGAUGACUUCGCGGCCUCCGUGAGCCAGGGCAUCGUGACCUAUGCCAACAGCGUGGUGUCCGACAUGAUGGUCUCCAUCAUGAAGACCCUGAAGAUCCAGGUGGAGGACACGACGGUGGCCACCAUCCUGCUCAAGCGGGUCCUCCUGAGACACGCCAAGGAGGUGGUCUCGGACCUCAUCGACUCCUUCAUGAAGAACCUGCACGACGUCACGGGCUCCCUCAUGACCGACACCGACUUCGUCUCGGCUGUCAAGAGGAGCCUGUUUGACCACGGCAGCCAGAAGGCCACCGACAUCAUGGACGCCAUGCUGGGAAAACUCCACACCGUCAUGGUGGCCCAGCCGCCCGCCGAGAAGUCCGACCGGGUCUCCUUUCUGUCCAUGAACACGAUGCAGGACGCCGGGGGCCGAGGGCGUGGUGUCAGCUGCUCCGCCGUGAGAGCCGAGGCCAAGGCCCGGGGCCGACCAUCCACGCCCGGCGCCGCCGCCGCCCCUGCCCGUGACAAGACCUGCGCCGAGACCCUCGGAGAGCACCUCAUCAAAGAGGGACUCACCCUGUGGCACAACAACCAGCAGAAGGGGGGCGGGUCCCCGCUGAUCCAGCGCCGGUCCCUCAAGAACCCCGGACAGCCGUCGGCUCGACCUGCCCGUAAGGCGGGGGCCGAGACCCCUCAGCUGAUGGUUCCCGCCCCCGGCAAGGGGCUCCCGGGCAAACCCGAGCCCCUGCCCCCGAACACGGAUUCCUGGGCCAAAGACCUUAUCGUGUCGGCCCUGCUGCUGAUCCAGUACCACCUGGCCCAGCAGGGCGCCGCCCUGGACCCCCAGGCCUUUGUGGAGGCCGCGGGUGGGACUCCCGCGGCCCCCGCACCUCCGUCGCCCGCCUCCACGCCACCCCAGGCCCUCCCCUCUUCUGGCCAGAGCAGCCUCAAGUCGACCCAGGAGGCGACCGGCCCGCGGGAGGACUCGGACAAGAGGGAUCUGAUGGGCAUCUUCUUCAACUUUGUCAAGAACCUACUCACUGAGACCAUCUUCAAGGGCGAGGAGGCUCCGGACCCCAAGCCGGACCCCAAGCCGGAACCCAAGCCGGACCCCCAACAGGCCACUUCGGGCACCCAGGGAGGGGAGACCACCCGCCCGGGCUCCUCCAGGUCCGACGGCGGCGGCGGCGGCCCUCUGGCCGGGCUGACCAAGAUGGUGACCCACCAGCUGGACGGCGGCGUGCCCGGCCAGCUGGUGGAGAACCUGAUGGAUUCAGUGAUGAAACUGUGCCUCAUCAUCGCCAACUCCUGCGACGUGCCCCUCGGUGGGCUGGUGGGGGCCAGGCCCGGGGGCGGAGGCUGGCCGGCGCCCGCCGUCCCGGGCGGGGCCUCGGACGGCCUCCCUGGCGCCGGUAUGGCCGAGGCCCUGCUGCACAACGCCUUCCAGGCCAUCCAGAACGAGUUGCGGCUGGGGCUGGGCCCGAGUGACCACCCCCCACCGUCCGUGGGACCGGUCCCCAGGGUGGUCGUGAGCAACCACAGCGUGGCCGACACCGUGCAGAACAAGCAGCUGCAGGCUGUGCUCCAGUGGGUGGCGGCCUCCGAGCUCAACGUCCCCAUCCUCUACUUCGCCGGAGACGACGAGGGGAUCCAGGAGAAGCUCCUGCAGCUCUCAGCCGCCGCGGUGGAGAAGGGGCGCAGCGUGGGCGAGGUCCUGCAGUCCGUGCUGCGCUACGAGAAGGAGCGGCAGCUGGACGAGGCCGUGGGCAACGUCACCCGCCUGCAGCUCCUGGACUGGCUGCUGGUCAACCUGUGAGCCGGCCGCCCCCUCCCCCCUCGGCCCCUCCGGUCUCCCUCCACCCCGUCCCCGCCGCCAGGUGCCGGUCAGCCUCUCGCGCAGAGAUCUCUAUCCGUCCCAGCAAGGGCACAAAUAAACACAAUUACGGACUGGA